AUGGCAUGGUCGCCGAAUCGAGCCCUUCUGAGGCUGCUAAAGCGGCCUUCUCCAUGCGUGACGAGGACAAAGCACCCCGGGUCCUUGGUCAACGGGCGAGCUCGGCUGCACCUGGCACCACCGUUCCUCCUUGAUGAUCCCUACAUUCCGCGCUAUCUGCAGCUUUCCUCGGUCGACGCGGCCCUCAAGCGGUCGAGAGCAUAUGCACACCUGCGACAGUGCAAUCUAUGCCCCCGGCUCUGCGGCGUGAACCGCUAUGAGACGCUGGGCAUGUGUAUGAUCGGGGAGAAGGUAAAGGUUAAUGUAAUCGCCCCUCAUUUCGGUGAAGAGCCGUGUAUACAGGGCCAUAAUGGUAGUGGCUCCGUCUUUUUCAGCAUGUGCAACCUCCGCUGCACAUUCUGCCAAAAUUACGACAUCAGCCAUGUUCGCAACGGAGAAGAUCUCACACCCGAGGAGCUGGCCGAGUGGUACAUUAAGCUCCAAAACCUCGGCGGCGUCCACAAUAUCAACCUGGUGACUCCAGAGCACGUAGUCCCGCAGGUAGCACUGUCGAUCCUGACCGCCGCCGAGAUGGGGCUCCGGAUCCCGAUUGUGUACAACACCUCGGCCUACGACAGUCUCGAGUCGCUCAGGCUCCUCGACGGGCUGGUCGACAUCUACCUGCCAGACUUUAAGCUGUGGAGCUCGGCAGAAAGCAAGAGGCUCUUGAAGGCCGAGGAUUAUCCCGAUGCGGCAAAGGAGAGCAUCAAGGAAAUGCACAAGCAGGUGGGCGAUUUGUGCUUCACGCCAGACGGGAUUGCCCGGAGGGGAUUGUUGGUCAGGCAUCUAAUCAUGCCGGGUCUGACGGCUGAGUCUGAGGAGAUUAUGAAGUGGUUGUCGACCGAGGUGUCCAAGGAUACUUUUGUGAACCUGAUGGAUCAAUAUCGCCCAGCAGCCAACGUAGGAAAGGCCAAAAAGUCAAGGCUUCCCAAGGGUGCUGAGGCCACAACGGAGAAAGAGCCAUCAUCUGGCCAAAGUAAGGAAGCGGUGCGCUAUGCGGAUAUUAACCGUGCCAUCACCAAUGAUGAGCUCACAACGGUUCGGAAAGCUGCAGAAUCUGCAGGACUGUGGCGUUUUUGUGACCCUCCUAAACAUGGAGGAUUUCACAUUUAA